GGCGAUAUCAAAGGCGUCCUUUUUGAUGUGAGAUUUGACGUGCUUGAUUAGUAUACACGUUAUUCACCAUUGCUUCUCUUCUUAUUUUUUAGAUGGACGGUCUUUUGAUCGAUAGUGAAAUUGUCUACACGAUCGUGGUAAACAAGAUCCUAGCUCCCUACGGCAAAGAACAAACAUGGGAAAUCAAAAGUCGGAUAAUGGGAACACCCGAGAGGAAAGCUACUGAAAUUCUAUUAUCAGCUCUUUGGCCUCCAACUGCAACAGAAAAGCAAGACGGUCAAUUGUUCGCUGCGGACUGUCCAUUCACUAUCGAUUCAUUUCUAUCAGAUCGUAAUAUGAGCUUAGAUGGAUACUUUAGCAAAGUCAAACCUAUGCCUGGAGCUGUUCGUUUGGUUCAACAUUUGGCAAAACACAACGUACCAAUCUGUCUUGCUACAGGAUCUAAGAGAAGAAAUUAUGGAAUCAAGUCAGCCAAUAAUCAAGACAUUUUCAAACAUUUCGCAGAUCGAAUCAUCUGCGGUGAUGAUGAACGUCUAUCACGCGGAAAACCUUUUCCUGAUGUUUUCCUCUUAGCAGCAAGAGAAGGAUUAGGAGAGAAGGAAGGAGUGCGACCCUUAGGUGAAGAAUACGAUGGAACCCUUAAUGGGAAAGAAUCACAAUUCCUCGUCUUUGAGGAUGCUAAACCUGGCGUUCAAGCAGCCAAAGCAGCAGGCAUGAAAGUCGUCUGGGUACCAGAUCCAAAUCUGGCUGCAUUACUAAAGAAUGACGGAGAGGACCUACACCCGACCCAAACAUUAUCCUCUCUUGAAGACUUUAAACCGGAACAAUGGGGUUUGCCUCCGUUUAAAAAGUAAAUUAGAC